UUAUUGAACAAGAAGAUGCUUUUUGAGGGUCAAAAUUUUCAUGUGCGUUGUUGUGCACAUAUAGUGAAUAUCAUGGUGCAGGACGGGCUUGGGGAAAUAAAAGGCAUUACUGAUCGUGUUAGGGAAGGUGUGAAGUACUUGGCUGCAUCUGAAGCACGGCUUAUUCAAUUUGGUGAGAUUGUUAAGAAUUUGCAAUUACCUUUGAAGAAGUUGAUAUUAGAUUGUUCUACGAGAUGGAAUUCUACGUACAUGAUGUUGUCUGCUGCGUUGGCAUUCAAAAAUGUCUUCCCUAUGUACAAGGCAAGAGAUGUUGGUUUCGUUUAUGUGCCCAGUGUUGAGGAUUGGGAGAAAGUUGAAUGUGUGUGUGAAUAUUUGUCAAUUUUUAAUGAUGUCACCAAUAUUAUAUCGGGGACUGAGUAUCCAACUUCUAAUUUGUUCCUCAUCGAGGUUUGGUGAAUGAAAGAAGUAAUUGAUAAAAAUUCGGACAACGAAAAGGAGUACAUGAAAGCGAUGGCUUUGAAGAUGAAGAUAAAGUUUGACAAGUAUUGGGGUGAGUGUAAUCUAUUGAUGGCCUUGGGGGCUGUGUUGGAUCCAAGAUACAAAAUGACGCUUAUUGACUGUUGUUUCCCCGAGAUAUACACGGAGUUAGAAGCUGCGAGAAAUAGUUCUAUAGUGCUUCAGUCUCUUCAUGAGCUUUAUAAGGAGUAUGUUGCUGCGUAUUCUCUUGUCAACAUUGAGCAAAAUUCACAGCAAAGUGCUAAAGAAGUUUGUUCUUCUAGUGUUGUUUCAGGGGGGAUUAAAAAAAUGGGUGGUGGAAGAUCCAAGUUUGAGUCUUUUGUUAGAAAAGCGGACAUCAUUCAACCUGUGAAAUCCGAAUUGGACAUUUAUUUGGAAGAAGGUGUCUACAUUUGUGAUGAAAACUCAGAUUCCCAUUUUGAUGCAUUAGAGUGGUGGAAAGCAAACAAUUUGAAGUUUCGCAUAUUGUAUAGGAUGGCAGCUGACAUAUUAUCAAUUCCUAUUACCUCUGUGGCUUCAGAAUCCACAUUUAGUGCUGGAGGUAGGGUGAUUGAUCCAUACCGCUCAUCAUUAGCAACUGAAAUGGUUGAGAUGUUACUUUGUGGAGCUGACUUUGUACGUGCACAACAUGGACUCAAAAAGCGAUCAGAAACUGAGGAGCCAACAAUUCAGGAGAUUAUACUUCCUUAGUCGAUACCUUUAUGAGGUUGAAAAUUAAUGCAGGUGAUAGGAAAUGCAGGGCCUAGGAAAAGCUGAAAUAUCUAACCUUAUAACACCUAUUUUGCUUCUUUUUGGAUGGGAACAUAUUAUGCUUCUUUUUGGAUGGGUAUAUAUUUUGGUACUUGUGGAUGGGAACCACCUUUUGAGUGCUUUUUUACUUGCAAUUGGAUUACAAGCACUUGUUAUUUUUGUAUUUUGCUUGUUGGACAAUGUAUUCUAAAUCUCUGAUGUAGUCUUUUCUGGGAUGCUUUUGUUGGAGACU